AUUCUUGUUUCUCGAGUCCUCCUUUGUGUUUGUUCACGCCCGGUUUUUUUCUUCCAUUACUCGUAAUUUCUUGUCUGUCUGUCUUGCACCAUCAGGCGCGGUGGUCUACAACCAGACUCUCUUAGAAGGAUAACUUAUUAUAACUUCGAUCUCGGUUCGGCGGUAAUGAUCGCACACCCCUGACAGCGGUGACCUGAUCGACUUUUAUAGUAUCACAGUGGGUCAUGCACCGGCAACAUCCCCCACGCCCUCGGUCUGUAAUAGAGCUUGCCAACAGGCAAUCGUCGAAGGCCUUAGGUCGGAAUGCAGGUGGGAUUUCUAUUGGAAGUUCGCAUCUUUCCAAGUCGUGUGUGCAAUUGCACGACGCUAAAACGGACGGUGACACACGCCGAAAUCUCUAUGUUCUUGGUUUACCAUUGGAUCUUACAAAGUCUGAGUUUGUUGAUAUAUUUGCCUCCUUUGGCACUGUGACGCAUGCGGUUAUUCUGGCAACUGUCGACAGCUCAUCCCGUCGACGGGGCUUCAUUGUCAUGUCCACACACGGGGAAGCUCGCGCGGCUAUGAAUGCACUAUCGCGAACUCAGAUAAGAGGGCAUGUUCUUGAUGUCUCUUGGGCCGUUGUCCAGCGUUCUCGAGGUUUCCUAGAUGGUGGUGAUCGCAGCUUAAUGCUCUCAACCACCUUGCCCUCUCCGACUAUGGGACUGGACACCAAUCAACCGAACGAACUGCUCGGGAUUUGCUCGGCCUUCACUGACCACCCCACCUCAAGAUUGCUGGUAUCCAACUUGCCUACCUUCCUCUUCACCCAGGUUUCCGAUUUGCAGCCUCUCUUUUAUCCUUUCGGUUCCAUAAAGAAACUGGGCAUCCUCCCUUGCUUGCACGAUGCCGUGGAGAUGUCAACCGCGGCAGUUGUGGAAUAUUUUGAUGUCUCCAGUGCUCGAGAAGCUAAGGAAGCCUUGCAAUCCCAGCGAUACGCAGGUCACACUAUCGAGGUUCGCUACGUCUUCGAUAACCCCCCGGUCGCCGACAACCAAGUGAAUCCUAGUACUUCUCGACCAACCUUGGUCCCAAGUCAGGCAGUUCAAAGGCAUCUUAAUCCCUUUGCGACACCUUUUCCAGAUCCGAAGCACUCUUCGGUCACUCAUUUCGAACGUCCCCAACUGGACUUCCCGUCACGCACGACACUUGGUACUCCUGCCGUUACACCACCCCUUGUUCCUAACCACUUCCCGCGCCAUGCUAGCGAUACAAUAUACAGGUUGAACCCAACGACUGGUUUAAACUGGAAUCAGGAACGUACUACCUUACCGUUAUCGUUGAAUCGCGUCAACGACACGCAUCCUUUCGUCACCUAAUCUCAGGCAUGGUCCUGUUCCCAUUAACUAGACGGAGGUCUGUUGGGUUCUCCGCUGGCCGGUUCGACUGGCGAGUGCUGUUGAUUGCGAUGCACUGAACCCACCGCGAUUGCAUGUUUCGCAUCAUUUUUUAAUGUUGCCAUCAUAAAGCUUUCUGUAACUUAUAGUCUCUCGGUUUAUGAGUCCAGUAAACCGUUUUUACCACUAUCAGCGCCUUGCCAAGAUGUCACCUUCGCCCCCUGGAGUCGUUCACUCCUAUACAGUAAAGUACGGUAUAACCCUAUUCUGUGUGUGUCCUUUUCGAUCGAUGGUAGCUGUCAUCGUUUCGCCUUUCGGGGACCUGCAACGUCUACCAAUCUCGUACCGUAAAAGAUGUAACGCUGAAACCUUCACUAAUGAUGUGCGAGUCAGGCAUAAGCC